AUGCAAACUCUAAGAGAUGAUGGAUGGGAACCUUUAUGGGAGGAAGUAAGUUUAUUUUGCAUUGAGCAUGAUAUUCACAUUCCGAAUAUGGAUGAUAUAUUUUUUCGUGGAAAAUCAAAACAUGGAGGUAAUGCUCAAUCUAUCACAACAAGGGAUUAUUGUUGCAUUGAAUUAUUUUAUACUAUUAUGGACAUGCAGCUUCAAGAACUUAACAAUCGUUUUAAUGAGAUAAAUAGUCAGUUGCUCAUUUGUAUGGCUUGUUUGUGUCUAAGUAACUUGUUCUCUACUUUUGACAAGACAAAGUUAAUUGAGUUUGUAAAAUUUUAUCCAAGUGAUUUUUGUCAUACUAGUUUGGUGAUGCUUGAUAAUCAACUUGAGACUUAUAUCAUUGAUAUGCGUACGAGUGUUGAAUUUUCAUCUUUGAAAGGAAUAAGUGAUCUUUUAAAAAAGUCAGUUGAAACUAAAACGCAUAUUAUUUAUCCAUUACUCUACAAGCUUUUGAAGUUAGCAUUGAUUUUGCAUGUCGCCACAACAACCGUUGAACAAUCUUUUUCUACUAUGAAGAUUUUGAAGACAAGAUUGCGUAAUCGGAUAGGGGAUGAAUGGAUGAACAAGUGUCUGGUGACUUAUAUUGAGAAAUAUGUAUUCUGUAAAAUUGAUAAUGAAUUGAUUAUUCAAAACUUUCAAAAUAUGGGACCGCACAAAGGGCAAUUGUAG